GAGUGUCGCUUUUGCACGCGGUCUGUCUGGCUAGUGACGCUAUAAAACCAUCGCUCCGGCAGGCGUACAGGCAGCAGUCUAACUGACAAUACUUCUGUUCACAUUCGUCAAGGAAAAAGAAGGGAAUCGGAAAAUAUGGAUCCUUGUGCCUGCGCUAAGACUGGAACUUGCAGCUGCGGUGACAACUGUAAGUGCACGGGUUGCAAGUGCACUACGUGUAAUAAAAGCUGCUGUUCUUGCUGUCCUAGUAGCUGCACCAAGUGCGCCUCCGGAUGCGUCUGCAAAGGCAAAACCUGCGACACGAGCUGCUGUCAGUGAAGAUGAUGGCCAUUGUCAGAUUAUUUUCAUUCCUGCCUGAACAUGAAGUCGAUUGAUCCAUCAUUUGUGUUGGGUUUAUUGUAUGUGUGAACUGAAAAUAUAUUUGUAACAAUGAAAACUGUUUUGUCAUCCAUGCAGAGCUUGUAUUUUCUGAAUAUUUGUCAGUAAAAUUGUCUAACAUGAA